AUGCCUGAAUACCCAUUCCACAUAGCUGGAAUGGACAUUUUUGAAUACGCUGGUAAACCCUUCAUCUCGAUCAUCGAUUCAUACUCAGGGUUUCUGAUGGUAGAGCAACUGGAAAACAAAUCGGCGAAUCAUAUUAUUGAUAAACUUAAGCGACGAUUCAAUCACUGUGGAUAUCCAACGAAACUCAAAUGCGACAAUAGUCCGUUCAACUGUGAGGCAUUUGAUAAAUUCGCUGAUGAAUGCAACAUCAUAUUGCAAUACUUGAGUCCAACAUAUGCCCAAAGUAACGGUCUAGCCGAAAAAGGCGUGGCAAUUGCAAAAAACAUUCUAAAAAGAUGUUAUGCAGCACACGACUGGGAACAAUAUCAGUACCGCAUCUUGGAAUUCAAUGCAACUCCCGUGGCCGGCAUGGGG